GGUAGUGCAUGCUGCUGUAGCGUGUAUGUUGUCUUACCAGUGAGAGGAGUAGUCCUAGCGGUUCAAAGGCGGGUGUAUAGCGAAAGUACCGGUAUUUGGAAGUGAAGUGAAAAUACCCAGCCAUGUUGGAAGCAGGAGAGCACAAUUAUUCCUACGUGUUCAACUUCGAACGAGAAUGGAACGAACUGACAUUUUGGAAGUACAUGAUAGACCGAUGGACCGAUAGCUUCACUUAUUCGACAAUUUAUGUACUUAUUAUAUUCGUCGGCCAGUGGUAUAUGAGUCAACGCCAGCGAUUUGAUCUACGUCCGUUCUUAGCAAUGUGGAGCGGCAUCCUCGCUAUAUUCAGUAUCGCUGGAGCGGUUCGAACCCUACCCGAAUUAUUGUCGGCUGUGAAAAACCAUGGUCUUCAGCAUUCCGUGUGCGUACCGACAUACUUCAAAGGCGUGACCGCGUUUUGGUCAUUCAUGUUUACCGUAUCGAAGGUAUACGAACUGGGCGACACUAUAUUUAUCGUUUUACGAAAGCAGCAGUUGAUUUUCUUACACUGGUAUCAUCAUAUUACCGUCCUUAUCUACGUCUGGUACAGUUACACCGACCACACUGCCCCAGGACGCUGGUUCAUGGUGAUGAAUUAUAUCGUUCAUUCCUUGAUGUAUUCUUACUAUGCUCUUCGAGCUAUGAGAUUCGCAAUACCCAAAUCAAUCAGCAUGGUAGUGACCGCUCUACAGCUGGUGCAGAUGAUUGUAGGGUGUAUCAUCAAUAUUUGGAUUUACUACAUCAAAUUGGACGGCCAGUACUGUCAACAGACCUUCGAGAAUUUGAGGUACUCGUCAAUGAUGUAUUUUAGUUACUUUGUGUUAUUCGCCAAUUUCUUUUACAACGCUUAUAUAGACAAGCGCAAUUUAAGAAAAAAGGCUGUAUGAAAAGACACGUGUUUUAUGUGGACUGUUUAAUAAUAACAAUUAACUUUUGACAAGUGAUGCAUCGUAAUCCUCAGGACUGCAAUAGUUUCUAUUCUACAUUGCUUCUUCUGCCCACGUGGUUUGCAAGUCACGAGCCCUUCGGCCAAGAUACAAAUCUACGCAACUGCUGAUAAUCUUCCGAUCUGGGGUGACCCGAAGUGACCCUGACCUCCGACCCUGAGCGACAUUCCACCAGGAGGACCAAGUCUCCCAACGAAAGCGUUAAGUGAAAAGUAGCAAGGGUAAACGGUAUAUGAGGUGUGUUAUUAGAUUUCGUCAGUGUUAUUCACCUACCUGUAUAAGAUUGUCUUUUCUGGUGACCUUCCAUCUUAACAUGGGCUAGCAACAUCUUGUGUAUGCCGAGUGUAAACACACACGUCUUGUGUGUGUUCACAUCAGCAUGAUUUUGUUGGGAUACCUCUUUCUGCAAUUACAAUUGUAUAUCUAUCUCCUAACGGAAUUACGUAAGCGGAAUAUUGACAAUGGUUAGAUCAUUAAAUGAAUGUGAAAUAUCUUGAACAAUACGUUGGAAUUGUUUAGACGGUUUUUUUGUUAUCCCCUUGUUUAGGUGAAUCCCAUUCUGUUAAGUGUUAAAGACUCCAUGGUAUUUGUAAGCUGUGUUAUUUAAUAGCACAUGUUUAAUGGUAUUUACAUGUACAAAUGAAAACAUUGAAAAAUGAAGUUAGCAAUGUAGUGGUUGUGUAUACCCGGUGCAAGCUGAUGUUGCUACUGACAGAUGUUUAACACUUUACUGUUAAAGAGAGUAGUCCAAGUGCGAGGUAGGGGUGUAACGCCACAAGGGUUGUGACACUUAUGGGUCACCCUAUAUUUAUAGUUUCAGGUUGGUUGAUACUUGCCGGUCAGGUAACCCUAUAUCCCUGACCCUUUUCUGUGAAAACGAUGGGUCUCCUAUAGUCUAUAUGGGUCGUGUUUCUCAAAAAUGUUUUCAUGUGUGAGGCAGCCAUGUAAGUGGUCAUCUGAAGCUCUGACUUUUGUGACGGGGAGAAACAUGUUUCGGUUGUAACAGUACAUGUGUAUUACAUUUAGUACAUCCAUGGAAGACGCAUACAAUAUCUCUCGCAUCACGAUUUUCUUUUAUCUGUUAACAUCAUGAUAUAUUUGUUAAUAUGUUAACUCCUGUAUUAUUAUUGGAUGUGAAUAGUAAUGUUAUACACAGUAUUACAAGAGAUGGUUCCCUAGGAGGUUGUUAGUCCAUUUUGCAGCAGUGUCUCCUUCAGCCAAAAGCAUGUAUUAAUAGUGAUCAACUCAUUUUAGUAUUCAAACUGGGGUUAACAACUCAUUUUAGAAUUUAGGCUCUGGUUAAUACCCAAAGUACAUGACAAUUUCAUAUCAAACUUCAUUAGUGGCAAGUUAAGAUAACGACCCUGUGUAGACAAUCAUAUUUGCUAAGUACAAGAUGAAAUAGGUCUGUGACAUUUGUACCUGUUUAAAAAUAGGUUAGAUUGGAAGUAGGGUGUUGGCUUCUUUUCAACAACUCACCAACGUGAUAUAGUCUGUUUUGACAGUUUGUACUAGGUGUCAUCUGAAGUCGUGGUAAAUAACAGUUGUCACUGGUGGAUCCAGCAAUCACGUCCAAUCACUGUCUCCUAAUGUUCCAUCAUUACAUAAGAGAUCGAUACACGAGAUCGAUACGCUCGUGAUAAUAAACUGUUAAUAAUCUUUCAAGAAAUUGAUAGAAAACGUAUUGAACGUAUUGUUCAACAUGGUACUAAUACCACUGCUUUGGCAUAUACUUAUGGUUAAACACUUAGCAUGGAAUAUGUUACAAUAAAUGAAAACUGUGCAUCUCAUUCACAGCUGAAUCUUUUCUUUCAAUUCCUGUAUACCAUUAAUGCUGCAUGUAUAAUUUGCGCAAUCUUUCAAUCCAUAUAUUGAUUCUGAAAUUUCCAAUCAAUGACAACCAGUAAAUAUAUCCAUUUAGCUCCAUUGUUCUUUUAGAAAAGCACUAGGAAUCCAUUAUCCGGAUUUCAUGAAUUCCAGUCGAAUGAUUUCCAUAGAAGUGCACUAGUCUUAACAAAACAAUUGUUGAUGCCAGUGCACCACUGAAUGGCAUGUAUUCCCUGCAGUGCUAUUGCAAUGUUCUGUAAGGAAGCAAGCCUGAGCGCUAUCGAUUAGAUAUUGACGUAGACUUCGCCUCGUCUCAGAGAGUGUUGCCAGUAUAUAUACCUCGAGCAUGUAAUGAACGUCCUUGCCGGGAAGCUAAACCCGGUGGCCUAAUGUGCAAUGUCUGAAUUUAUCCGUCAUUCUUUUUCUGAAUCAACAUGCCAGUGUGUACAUACGUUUAAUUGCUAUGUCAAUGUGUUCCAUGGAAACUAGGCUUCGUGCACAGUAAGUUGCAAAUGUGUAUACUGAUCAUGUAUAGAUAGCAAUGGGUGUUGACAAAGAUCUCAUUUGGACAAGUGAAGUUCACAGAACACAAACGUCGCCAUUGGACUCGUCUUUAAAGGUAGCUUUACUUAAGUCGUAUUGCAAUCAACAGUACUAUGUACUGAGGUGGCAUUUAUGUUCGUUGCAAUUCGUGUAGAUGAAUCACUUCUGGGUAUCACGAAAUCGACAACCAUGUACAUUGUUUCCGUCUGUAGUAUGUGUAUUUCCGAAAUCCACACCUUAUAGUAACAAGCACCUGUCGUGUGUGCCUAGAAACACUGUAAUUAUACUGUCCUCAUGUCGAUUGUAUAUACAUUCGUAUGCAUCGACGGGAUAGGCAUAAUGUCUUACCUCUAACUGCGUUAGAUAUGUACAACAUAGUUACACAAGAUAUAACGCUUUAUAUGUAAAUGCAUGCUAUGGCUGUAAAUGAUUAUGAUCACUUAACUACAAGCUUACAGCAACAGUCGAAUUAGGUCCACGUUCCUAGAGAUACAAGGCAGACUUAACGAUAUCAUUCUUUAUUUAUUAGUCAACAACUUCUCCAUGCCCCAAAAGAUUCAUUGCUUCGCUUGUAGACUUUGUAAAUAUUUUACAGCGCUGGCUUCGCCUGUACAGGUCGAUUGUCUGACUCGUAGAAAUACCCCGUGUGUGUUGUUGAACCUAUGAAUUAUGAAUGUUUGGAAGUGUUGUUUUUGUUUCUGAAAUGAUAUUUUAUUUUUUAAGAUAUAUGAUUUAUAUUUUAAGUAGUUAAGCAGUUAUUUUUAAUUUGUUAUGUAUUGGGAGAGUAGGAACAAAGCUUGCUCGGAUCCAGAGUGGUGGUGUUAGUGGGUGUGG